AUGGAGAUUCUGCUUCGGCAAAGCUCUUCACUUUUUCUUCAAUCUCAUUACCUUUUGCAUUCCACCAACAAUGCCUGUGCCAGCGCGCAGCAUGAAGCAGUGCAGCAGGCACAUGCCAACACAAAGGGAUUGUUAACUGCUCUUGAGCUGGCGUUGCGGCUCUCAGCAGAUGAGACUCCUUUGACACCGACGGUACCGACGCAUGCCUGGCUUCCUGAGGCGGUAGUAUUCCUGGUUGUUGCAACCCUGCUCGUCGGGAUCCGUGUGGCUGUCAUGGCUCAUUACGCGGGUGAAAAAAAGCCACCAGGUACAACUUAUGGCUUAACCGAAUCAAUUGUGGAUGUGGAAAUGGGCAUUACUGCAGGCUGGGACGCAGGAGUUGGCCUUCUGCCACAGUCCACGGUAGUUUUAUCACCAAGUACAACUUAUGGCUCAACCGAAUCAGCUGUGGAUGCGGAAAUGGGCUUUACUUCAGGCUGGGACACAGGAGUUGACCUUCCGCCGCAGUCCACGGUGGUGCUUCGACCCGACAACACCGUUGUGCGUUUGCAGGCUUGGGCCCGCGGAUGUUUGACGCGGACAGCCCUCCGGAAGGAUGAGGGAUUUCACUCGGAGUCCAAGUCGGAUGAAAUCCAAACUGAAUCGGAGCCCGACUCUGACGAAGUACAAGCGCUGCUCGCCCAGGCCCCUUGCUUGACCGAUUCCGAAAUCUUGGAGGUCGUGAGAUCCCUUCCUCUUGCACUGCAAGAUGUUACGAUGCCGCGAUGUGUUUCUGCCAUGCCUGCCCCGAUGAGCGCCGGACUUCAGCUGAUGUGCGAUAGGCUGAGUGGAGGCCGUGGGGAUGAUGGUGGCCAAAUAGAGGAUGAGGAGCUGUGGGAGAGUCUGACGCCAGGAUCAAGCCUAGUGACAGCAACAAAAACAGUGGGCUCAAUGAUGUUCAGAUCUGCAAUCGGCGGGCAGGUUGCGUUGAUUGAUGGCAUCACGGCCAUCGAUUCUUUGAAAGCAGCUCCGAUGCUCCUCACUUACCUCGAGAGAUGGACAGAGGCCCGGAUUCUUAUUUGCGAAUCUGCGAGGUCCGCAGAGACAUGGUGGGUCAAGCAAGGCUUUCAAUAUGCCUUUAAAGCCCGGACUGGUAGCUUGUGCUCGCGUGCUGAUGUUCUGGCGAGACUGUCAGGCCCGUUAGGCGAUGCACAAGGCUCCGGGCCAGAUGGACAUCGAAUCGCGAAGUUCAUUCAUGCGCAAGCCAAGCACAGCGGCCAUUACUUCAGCCUGCUGUAUCGCUGGGUGGAGCCAACCUGUCUGGACGCAGAUUCAGCAGCCUUCAAUUACUCACAUACUGAUGCCUGA